GCGUGAGCUCCUCCUCCGUCACGUGCGUGCAGCGGCCAUCUUGAGUUGUUUGUUCAGCGAGGAGCGCUUGUUAUUUUCCAGACAAACGCAGAUAGAAGGACUGAAACAGUCGAAAGAAUCGCUCGAAAGACAUUUCACCCCUUUCUUCCAUCAUUAUGGGUCCACCGCGACGCAGAUGCCGCCGUCUGUUACCUGAGAGAACGGAGGACUUCGGUCGGUUUGUCACUUUAUCUUGACAUGGCUUACACGCGUGUGUGACGACUGUGGAGAAGCUCGAAAACAAACGGGAGACCAUCAAGAUAAACCUCCGCCGAGGAUCGAUCUAUCCGGGCCGGGGUUUUGAACCGAGCUCGGUGUAUUAAGACGCGUUAGAAUUGUUUUGCAGUACUUGCUCGGAUCGCAACGGGCUUCGAAGUCAACUCUAGUAAAAAUAAAUAAAUAAAUAAAUAUGACGAGAAACAAUAGUUAGCCAGUUACGUUAGCCAGCCACUCAUCAAAGCCAGUCUCUGCUAGCUUUGCGAUAACAAACAGAAAACAGGCAAAAAAUCCCCAAAAUGUAACAGUCGGUUUAAUGAUGAAUACUAGCUUUGGAUGCGCUCCUAGAUCUCAUACUGGAUAGAAAAAGACAUGUAGCUCCCUUCAACAAGGUUAUUUGUAUUCAGUUUAGCUAGUAUUAGUGUGCUAGCCAGCCACAAAAUAAAAGCCUCACAAUGAAACUCAACCGUGGCAGGAGAGCUAGUGGGCCAAUUUUAUGCCCUUAAAUCCCAAGAUGUCCAGCAAACUCUGUGUUCUUCCUCAGUGCCAAGAUCUCAUGGCAUCUGCAUUUCUUUGCCAUGGUUGUCUUUCUCACCUGUCAUUAAGAUGUGCUUUUAUGAGACCGCUUAUUCAAAGACAUGAAUACAAGCAAGAGCCAAUCCAGGAAGAGACUUUCCAAAGUCAAAUCUCUAGGUCAGCUUUUUAGAUAACUUUAAACCAGAUUUAUUUAUCUGAAGACCGGGAUCUUUCCCCUCACACACACAGAGACAAACACAAAACUGUCUGUCCUUUAUUUAGAGAUAAAACGGGGAAAAAAAUCCUAAUUGAUCAGGUCGUGUUCUACGAGUGGUUUCUUUUAGCUUACACUUAGCCUUGGCUUGAUUGUUUGUUUUAAAAAUGGUGUAAAGCAUCAAAACUGGCCCAAGUGCACUACCCACAUUGAUUAAAAAUGACUUGAUUUGGUUUUGCUAACUUUGUUCCUUAAUUCAAAUUAGUAUGUAGUGCUUGGUUACAGCUUAUUUAGUUUUUAAAAGGGUUUGUAAACCACAUAGUCAACUGUCAAGGAAAUAAAAAGCAAAAAAAGUCUGCUUAAGGAGAAUAGUACGGUCCGUAACAAUGGGAGACCCAAAUUCUCGCCGGAAUCAAACAAGAAACCGACUCCGCGCCCAGCUACGGAAGAAACGGGAAUCUCUGGCCGAUCAGUUCGACUUCAAGAUCUACAUUGCCUUUGUGUUUAAGGAAAAGAAAAAGAAGUCAGCACUCUUCGAAGUAGCUGAGGUGGUACCUGUGAUGGCCAACAACUAUGAGGAAAAUAUCCUUAAAGGCGUGAAGGAUACGAGCUACUCCUUAGAGAGUUCUCUAGAGCUUCUCCAGAAAGAUGUGGUGCAGUUACACGCGCCUCGUUACCAGUCGAUGCGUAGAGAUGUGAUCGGUUGUACCCAGGAGAUGGACUUUAUCCUUUGGCCCCGCAAUGAUAUUGAGAAGAUUGUCUGUCUCCUGUUCUCCAGAUGGAAAGGGGCUGAACAUGAACCAUUCAGGCCUGUUCAGGCCAAGUUUGAGUUUCAUCAUGGAGACUAUGAAAAGCAGUUUUUGCAUGCUGUUGGUCGGAAGGACAAGGCUGGGAUGGUUAUGAACAACCCCAAUCAGUCCGUCUUUCUCUUUGUGGACAGACAGCACUUACAGACUCCAAAAACCAAGCUCACAGUUUUCAAGUUGUGCAGCCUCUGUCUCUACCUGCCACAGGAUCAGCUCACCUGUUGGGGGGUUGGAGACAUUGAGGACCACCUCCGUCCAUACAUGCCUGACUAGGAGAAAGGCACGGAAGACACCCCUCGAGGCCUCGAAGCAAGUUGAACUCAUCUACACAUCCCUCAGCUGAAUAAAUAUGAACUUGUGCUUGGAACUCUCUGUUUUGUUAACCACUCAUUUUCAUCGUGAGAUUUAAUUUAGCUCCUUUUUUUGUUUUAAAUCCCUCCCUCAACCAGUCUUGCUUUGGUUCAUCCCAUCUCCCCUCUCUCUGAUCAGUUUUUAUUUGAACCUGCAUGAACAUUGAUUUUGAGUGGUUGUUCUCUUGGAGCUGCACCAUCAACAGUACCAGUCACCGAAGGAACUCCUUGCGUUACCAAAACAAAACAUAUAAAAAAAAAAAAGGAAACCAAUGACAGAGGUCUCUCACAUGUGGUCCUCGUGUGUUGGACUGGCUUUAACAUCACUGUCAUGAGGGAUAGUUAACAUGUCUGUCAUAUUAAGUAGGGAUUUCAUGAGUAAUGACAAUCAGUGACUGAGGACAUAAGAGCCUGGGUAGUCUUCCUCAAAAGGCUUCUAUUACAAGGUGAACAAAACUUAACUCGUUUGGUGUAGGCAUUGCUUCUCAUUCAGUUACUGCCUUAGGUUUUGCUGGACAUUUUAAUUUGAGUGUCAUUCCUUGCCUAAAAUAUUACAAACCUUGUUUGCUUUAUCAUUUCUGGAGGAGUGGUGCCUGAAGGGACGGUGGUGCAGUGUGUGAUUGUAUAUUUAAAAUGGUUGACAAACUUGUCUUUUUGGAGGAAUUCUGAUGCUGUUUUUUUUCCUGGGAUAGUUGGGAUGGUUAUUGUCACCAGUUGAGCACUAAAUAUACAUAUGAGCUACUGAUACCCGGAUGUAAUCAUUGGUGGUGGGUAUGUGAUGGGAGACUGAUGUUCAAGCUUCUGUACCUAAUGAGAAAUUUCGUAGUGAAACUUGAAAUGGAUCAUUAAGGAUUUGUUUUUCUUUUAUAGACCACCCUGUUCUGAGAGUACUAAAUAUUGCAGUGCUUGGGACUUGGUAUCUGUAAGCCAUCUUUGUCCGUUCUUAAGGCAUAAAAAUUCCUUUAUUUUUUCUUUUCUUUUUUUCUCCCACUUUUGAAAUUCUGAGUGAACGUCGAAGGGGAAGGUGGGUCUUUGUCUUUAUUUCGAUGUACCCAUUGUUUGAAUAAUUCUGUUGAAAUAAACACAGCUGAACAUA